ACAUACAAUUUCUGAUGUACUAAAAUUCUAACUAAAGACAGAAAUAGUUACAUCUAGAAUAAUCUGGUAAUAAACAUUAAUAAUACUACAUGUAUACUAGGAAUUUGUAGCUGUCAUAUUUCAGACCGACACAGGGAGCCAAUCCGAUUCUCAUCCAGCAGGAGUUAAUUGAGGAUAAGAUGCUGAGUCACUGAACGCUGCUCUAUUCCAGUGUGUUCCUCCUCCAUCUCUCGUACUUUUCCUCUCAGCUCGUUUCUGCUGCUGUUGCAGCUGUCUCACUGCAGUCCCUCAGCACCAGCUUCCCCCCACUUUGAGUGCCGCAUUGCUGUAUCAAAGUGGGGUGAGUUCAUUACGCACACAGACUUGGACUGUGCCACCACCUUUGCAGGAGCACAGAGUGUCUGUUUGCUGAGGGGAGAACAGGGUCCGCCUGUCAGCUGCAGGCUUUUGUGAUAGUUGCGCAUGAAUCUCUGGUUUGUCCCGAGCAGUGAAGUGACCCAUUGUUUUUGACAAAAAGCCUCCAGGUACUACAGAAGAAAGCUCCAUCUGUUCCCAUCCUUUCCUCCUGUCCUGUACCAUCAUGGGGAAAGAGAAGAUCCAUAUCAACAUUGUGGUCAUCGGCCAUGUUGAUUCUGGGAAAUCCACCACCACUGGGCAUCUCAUCUAUAAAUGUGGAGGAAUUGAUAAAAGAACCAUCGAGAAGUUUGAAAAAGAGGCUGCUGAGAUGGGAAAAGGUUCCUUUAAGUAUGCUUGGGUUCUGGACAAGCUGAAGGCCGAGAGGGAGAGAGGGAUUACCAUAGACAUCUCACUCUGGAAGUUUGAGACCACCAAGUACUACAUAACUAUAAUAGAUGCUCCAGGACACAGAGACUUCAUCAAGAACAUGAUCACUGGGACAUCUCAGGCGGAUUGUGCUGUUCUAAUUGUGGCAGCUGGAGUAGGUGAAUUUGAAGCGGGCAUCUCUAAAAAUGGGCAAACAAGGGAACACGCCCUGCUGGCCUACACGCUGGGCGUCAAGCAGUUGAUUGUAGCCGUCAACAAAAUGGACUCCACAGAGCCGCCCUACAGUGAGAAACGCUAUGAUGAGAUCGUUAAAGAAGUGAGCGCCUACAUCAAAAAGAUCGGUUAUAGCCCGGCCUCGGUGCCCUUCGUCCCAAUUUCAGGUUGGCAUGGCGACAACAUGCUAGAACCAUCUUAUAAUAUGCCGUGGUUUAAAAGCUGGAAGCUGGACAGGAAGGAGCAGCAUGCCAGUGGCGUGACUCUACUGGAAGCUCUCGAUACCAUCAUGCCUCCAACACGGCCCACUGACAAACCCUUACGUCUGCCCCUACAAGACGUCUACAAGAUUGGAGGUAUAGGCACUGUGCCGGUGGGCAGGGUGGAGACAGGUAUCCUGCGGCCUAGUAUGGUGGUGACCUUUGCCCCAGUCAACAUCACUACAGAGGUGAAGUCGGUGGAGAUGCAUCACGAGUCUCUGACUGAAGCUCUGCCAGGAGAUAACGUAGGCUUCAAUGUGAAGAAUGUGUCUGUAAAAGACAUAAGAAGAGGUAACGUUUGUGGGGACAGUAAGUCAGACCCACCUCAAGAAGCAUCAGGGUUUACAGCACAGGUCAUAAUUUUGAAUCACCCAGGACAGAUCUGCGCAGGUUACUCUCCUGUCAUUGACUGCCACACAGCUCACAUUGCCUGUAAAUUUGCUGAGCUUAAGGAGAAGAUUGAUCGCCGUUCAGGCAAGAAGCUGGAAGACAACCCCAAAAGCCUGAAGUCUGGAGAUGCCGCCAUCGUGGACAUGAUCCCAGGAAAACCAAUGUGUGUGGAGAGCUUCUCUCAGUACCCUCCACUUGGACGUUUUGCUGUCAGAGAUAUGAGACAGACCGUUGCAGUCGGUGUCAUCAAAAGUGUGGAAAAGAAGAUUGGCGGCAGCGGGAAAGUGACCAAAUCUGCCCAGAAAGCUCAAAAAUCUGGCAAAUGAAUCUGAAUCUCCAAGUUACCUUGUCACCUCAGGCCCUGCCCCAGCUUACAUGCCCCUCUCAUUUGGGCAUGCUCAGUCUGUUCCCCUGUGUGCUUAAAAUAUACACUCAAACCAACUGGAGCUCGAUGGACUAGAGGAAAUUAUGAAAGACUGAUAACAUUUUGACUGGCUGCACUGUAUAUUAACUUUUACUAAAAGAUCGGCACGGAUGUUGCAUGGAUGUCUGUCUUGAUAUAUGCACGGCAUCUAUUAGAUGAAUGUAGCUGGUAUUGCUGAGUAGUGUGUGUGUGUGUGUGUGUGUGUGUGUGUGUGUGUGUGUGUGUGUGUGUGUGGUGUGCAGUUGAAAGAAAUUCAAGAGGAAAACCGCUCUUUGACCAGAAUAAUAAUGUCCGUAGUGAAAUGAACUGCUGAAAUUUUGUAUAGUUUAUAGCGGAGCAUUGAUGGAAGGCUAAUUGAUCCAAAGCACCAUUUAUCUCCUUUCAGACCCUUGCAGCUGACACCUGUGACAAAUAAAUAUAAUGUUGCCCAAGUAAA